UUGUCUGCUUGUUUUUCCCAUGGUGACUGUCUGUGGACUACAACAACUAAACAAACUCUUUUUUCUGACCUGAAGCCGUGCCGCCCAUCAAGACACUGGAGGCACGCGCUGAACGUUGUAGUCGAUUAAAACAAUUAAACGUAUCCUUGUUUUCUGUCCUGCUCCAUUAGACACUGGGGAGGUAACUUAGCGUUAGCGGCCUACCGAACUUUGUUAGUGACGGGCUCGUCAGGAAUAUCCAAAAGGCAGAAGCUCAUCAGUUGGAGCAGAGACAUCAGGAGUUGCAGGGAUUCAAGCAUCCCUUAUCAUCAUCGGGUCCUGAGAUGACAUCACAGCAACCUCAGCUCCCCAAUGCUGUUAUUCCUCCCCAGCUUGCACAGAACUCUUCUGCUCAGCAGGCGCGGCCUCACAUUCAGGCUAAUCAGCUGCACACGAGUCAGAGCAGUGCAACUGCUGGGCCUCUGGAACACAGAGCAUUGACAGGCAGGCCAGGCUGCUCCGGUGUGUCAGCAGCCAGCGGGGAGGUGGCCAACAGGAACGUUUCUGCCUCCUGCACCAACUCCAGCUUAUCCAGAAGAGAUGGGGGUUUUGAACCGUGGCCCGAGGAAGCAGUGGACAACUCACAUGGGCUAUACUCACUCCACCGCAUGUUUGACAUAGUUGGAGCCCAGCUAACACAUCGGGACGUCAGGGUACUGUCAUUCCUAUUUGUUGAUGUGAUUGACGAGUAUGAGCGUGGUGGCAUCAGGAGUGGAAGGGAUUUCCUGCUGGCCCUAGAGCGCCAGGGUCGCUGUGAUGAAACCAACUUCCGGCACGUUCUCCAGCUUCUAAGGAUUAUCACCCGCCACGACCUUUUGCCUUACGUCACACUCAGGAAACGACAGGCCGUGUGCCCAGACCCUGUUGACAAGUACUUGGAAGAGACAUCAGUGCGCUACAUUUCACCAAGAGGAACAGUGCAGAGCAAGGACAAUGCACCUCACAGAAGAACAGGUCCUCAGCCAGUCAUUUGCUGUUCCCCGUCGGGACCUCAUGUUGGCCCUCCCCGAACAAAGCCAGCUCCUCCUGUUCCGAACCGCAAACGGAAGAGAAGUCAUUCCUCAGCUGACUGCAGAGAGAAACAAACAUGUGAUAUCCGCCUCCGGGUUCGUGCUGAAUACUGCCAACAUGAGUCUGCACUUCAGGGCAAUGUAUUCUCCAACAAACAAGAGGCAGUGGAACGACAGUUCGAGCGCUUCAACCAGGCCAACACUAUCCUCAAAUCCCGAGACUUGGGCUCCAUCAUCUGUGACAUCAAGUUCUCAGAGCUCACCUACUUGGAUGCCUUCUGGAGGGACUACAUCAAUGGAUCAUUGCUAGAGGCCCUAAAAGGGGUCUUUAUCACAGAUUCCCUAAAACAGGCUGUGGGCCACGAGGCCAUAAAACUGUUGGUCAACGUUGACGAGGAGGACUACCAGGCUGGGCGACGCAAACUGCUCUGUAAUUUGGUCACAGGUGGCGGGAGCCCACCAGGAGGUAGCAAAGACUCUGUAUCUUAGACACAUUCUCAAGGUGGUAGCAUACGGGAGAAACGUUGCUGUGCCUCCCCCACAGAGUGAGAUGUGGUUGUGUCAUUUGAGGUGCCUGAAGUAUGUGUCUGAGGGAACUAAGGACUUCCAGCCACCCCACCGAUUCCUUGAGAGAGAGAGCUAAGUUCAUAGGAUAUCUACUUGGCACCCCUAAGCGUAGCAUGCAAAGUGAUUGGGAACUAUGUUAGCAAAAAGAAGUAGGUGAUGCAUACAGGUUGGCAUUAUUUUUGAAUCCUAAGCUGUUCAUUUUCUUCAAGGAGGAGAACGCUGAUCUCGUAUGUGCAUUGACUCUAACUAAUUUCUUGUUUCUGGUGUGUUAGCUCAUUGAAACAUUUGUUAACUCUUAUACUCUUCACUCCUGUUCAAAAGUGGAGUUAUUUUCAAUACAGGAAACAUGCUUAACGCUGAUGAGUUACUCCCAGUGGGAGUUGUACCUUAUUGUCAAACUGAUUCAUCUUUUUUCCAGGUUUUUUGGUGUACAUUACAGAUUGAUUGGAUUAACCCAACGAGAGAGUGUUCUGUAUGUUACUGAGUCAUUCACUGAUGUUUUGGAUUUGUAAAUCAGUGCCAGUUUCAUUGUCAGCCUGUACCGUUGGACCUCUGCUCACUUACCCUCUCACUCAUGCUCAGUUGUGAUAUAACUUUAUUUUCAAUUUGAAAUGUCAUUUAAUAACAAAUCAGCAGCAAGUGAAAAUCAUAGCCAAUAUGUGUAAAGUCAUUUCAGAUGUGCAGAUAGUAGGAUACCUGCAGUUUGAGGUGAGCUUUGUACUUUGUCCUGUCUUUGUAGAGUUAAAGAUAUUUCACCCAGUUACAGUUGAACUCACAUUUUAAGUCCUCAGCAGUCUUCUCUGUGGAUAUAUAAUGUCUUCUGGUGGGUCAGGAUGUAAUUGAGUCCACAUGCACAGGUGUUGAAAUCACCUCACCCAGUAGCUCGAGGGCCUGUUGGACAUGUUGGAGAAAUGAAAGGUGUCUUCAGUGGCACCCCUCUCCGUCAGGAGGUGUGGCAUCUCCACAGGCAGCUGCAAACUGAACUGGGGGAUUUUUUUUAUUAAAGAUUUGAAACAACAGAGGACCAACAUAAUAGUAAGAUUUAUUGCAUGUUGAUCCUCAACAAUUUAGUGCGUAGAUCUUGAACAAUGAUAUUCUUCUAGUGGCACACCACUUUUAUAGUGCAGCCUGAAAUGCCAAUUAACCAAAAUGGGAAUUUAUAUUAAUUUCUCUUUGGUGUCCAUGGAAUGAAGUGGAUCAACAGGAGAAAUUAGGUUUGGUGGGUCCCUGCGACAAGUACGUGUUGACAGUAUUACUGAUUUAUAGCUUUCAUUUCAUGCAGUCAUAAAAUACACUCGGUGGUCACUUCAUUAACCUCAUUAGGCACACUUAUUUAGUUCUAGCAAGGAACCCAGAACAGCCCAAAAGCCCAAAACAAGGUGUUGGAGACUAGAGACACUGGUUCAUGUUGACAUGAUAGCCUCACACUAGCUGUAGAUUUUGUGGCUGCUCAAUCAUGCUACAAAUCUCCUAUCCCCCCUGAAAUUACAGGAGCUGUACUCUCAAUUAAACUCUGUCAGUAUUGGACAAUCCUGCAAAAUCCUGAUCCUGCGGACAUUGACAACAUCCUUCAAAUUCUUGCUUUCCACAAUAUCUGAGCAUGGCAAUUACUGUAUGGUUAUGGUUCAAGAAAUAGUUCCUCAAUUGGCGAUGAACAUUUGCUUUCAAUGUAAAUUGUGACACAAUUGUGGACACAUUCAUAGAAAUACUGGGCUGGAGUGGAUGCUGCUAUCAUGGCGGCGCUAUAGUCAUGAAUUUUCAAAUUUCCCAGAUGUGGUUUUAAUGAAAUGUGAUUACUGGUUGUCCAGAACUGGUUAUAACUGAAAGCAAACUUAAAGUACCUUUGUUCGAAAAUGUUUAAUAUCAGUGAUAAAUAUCAAAGAUGAAGUAUUAGCAUAAUGCUAUUUUAUGAUGAGAUUAUUAUGAUUUUGUUACAAAAGUAGAUUAGAGAGUGAAUGUCAUUUUAAUAAGAAUUGCCAUUUGAAAUGCCUCUGAUCCUAAUAUUUGACAUGUUUCUGUUACUCAGUGCAAACAGCCAAAAAAAGACACGCAGGCUCAUAUUCAAUAGCAACAAAUGUGUACUUUGUCAGCAAAAUAUGAUUUUGACACAAUUCUUCACUGUCCAUAACUUUACAUUUCUGACAUCCUUGAUAUCUUACUAGCUUCAUUACAAAUGUGCAUCUGUCUUUUUGCCAAAUCUUUGUAAUCCGACUUUGUCUCUGAUUUUAAAAUGUAAUUGAACUUUUUUGUCCAGUUUUUCAUCAGUUUGUUAACUGGUGGACUGCUUUCAUGUUCCCUAUUAAAAGUUCAGUGUAUGUAUUUACCAAAUAUAUAAAGAAGCCCUAUCUUAUAUUUGCUGUCAUACCAUCCAUGGGUACAUAUGAGAACAUGCAAGUCAUGAUUGACUGGCCACUAUUACUCUGAGUUAUACAGAGUAGGCCUUCAUUUUAUAUUUUUACCCCAGUGGAAUUUCAUAAGGUUGCAAGUUAGUAUCUAUUAUAUAGGUUGGUGUCUGUUAUGUUGAUUGUAUGUUAUGUUAGUUGUUAAAUGCAGCUGUGUUUUAAGCAAAUUUGCAUGUAACCCGUUAUGAUCUCCAGAAGUCUCAUAGAAACUCACAGUGCUAACAUUUUGUAAAUAACUUUAUUCGAUGUCUGAUUUUCUUACUUUAAUUUUGCAUUUCUUUCAGAAAAUCAGUAAGUACGACUGUUAAUAAAUGAAAUGGAUGGGUUUUGUUCAAGUCCCACUCCUGAUUAUUUUUUUUAUGUCACAUUACUCAUAUAAAAACAAAUCUUUUUGGUGGGAAACAGUGUACAUUUAAACAAACAGCUUCCUGACAGAUCUACUUCUUAUUGUGGGUUACACCCCCACAUUUCAGAAAUUUGGCCUGAACCUUAUCCUGCUGUGACACGCAAACCCUGUGUCUGUUCUCAUCUUGGAAAACAUUUCUAACUGUGUGAGAGGUCCUGGGUGCAUCUAAUUUCUCUUCUACAUGUAUCCUCAUUCCCUGUACUUCCUUCCUUCUCCACAGGUCGUCAGAUUCACAACCUGAGGAAGACAUACAAGGAAGGAAAAAUCCAGGCGUCACAUUCUGUCUGACAAACGAGGCAAACCAAGUUUAUUUGUGCCAUGAAUGUUCUUGCAGAGACUUGAAUGUAAUGUAUGUCAGUGUGAACCAUACUCCUUGCUUUCAUCACAUACGCUAAAUGAAAUGACAAAAGAUUUGGUGGUUAGUCCUGUUGACUUGUUUACCAAUAAAAGUGAACUUUGACGUGUUUCUAUUUGCCAUGGGUACUCUGCAGUCAGUUAAUUUAUUGAUGAUUAAACUGAGCUUUGACUAACCACUGCUACAGCAGGUCUGCUGUCAGUCAGUAUGAUCCA